GAGAGAGAGAGAGAGAGAGAGCGAGCACCGCACCUGCCCUGGAGUGCUGGUUUUUAAACCUCUUGCUGCUUGACUUGGCCGGGACAGGGACAGAAGCUGAGUUUGAGGCGUUUCUGUUCACCAUUGAUACAUUGAUGCUAAUAUCUUGAACUUAUAGCACAGGCGGUUUGAUUAAGGGAACCUUGCACAAGGAGGUGUAAACCACUCUUGCCGAGUACCUUAUCUGAUUUGCGGUUGGUUUUGGCUAAAGACGCCUUGUUGUUUGGAAUACUGCAGGCUACCGGGACACUGAACCGCCGGAAUGACUCUUAAACAAAGCGCGAUAUUGAUAGUCGUGCUUCUGCACUGUUCAACAAGUGGCCUGACAGGGCGACCUCAGUCGCAAAGUCCACAGGGGUGUGCAAUGCAAAACACACAAGUGCGGCAUGUUGGACAAUCUAUCAUCCUCCACUGCAGGGGACAUGCCGAGCUGCAGUGGAGUCUGGCCAAUAGGAAUCUGACAUCUGAAGGGGUUCAAGUUGAACAGUACAUGAACAACAAAACUUGCAGCAGGCUGAUUAUACACAAACUUAGCCACCUAGACACCGGCUACUACACCUGCAGCUACCGGAAUAACAGCGAAAAGAAGCGCUCCACUUAUGUGUUCGUCAAAGAUCAUCAUCAUCCAUUUGUACAAAACUUCGAAAAUGCUGUCCUGAAUAUGUACAGAAAUGAUAAAACAUUAGAAGUCCCUUGCAGAACAACAUUUCCUAAACAAAGUGUCAUUUUGGAAACGAAUCCCCCAAUGUUGCCUGAAAUCAAGAAAGGAGUUACAUGGGACCCAAAACAGGGCUUCCAGAUUCCAAUAGGUCCGUAUGACAUGUACAGCCAGAUUAUAUGUGCCACCAGCAUGAAAGGCCAGCGAGUCACAGUGGAUUUCAUCCCCAUACGCAUAACUGACUAUCUGGAGAAUGUGCGCAUAACUCCAAAGCAUCGAAGAGUCCCGGUCGGAGACACUCUGGUCCUCAGCUGUUCUGGAAAAACCACAUUCAAUGGCAAGAUCGAGUUUGUUUGGGAAUUCCAAAACAGCCCAAUAAAUCCCAGUUUUCAACAAAAUAAGAAAAGGUCAGCAGCUGGUUCAGUAAUAGUAAUGGAAAAAGAUCUCAUUAUACCUAACAUCACAAUGGAGCACAACGGCACCUACAAAUGUACCGGGAAGCUCAUUGAUUCUGAAAUGGCUGACACAGUCAUGGUCACCGUCUAUGAGCAUCCAUUCCUCAAUGUGACCUACAAGGGAGGAAACAAGAAGAUAAGUUACUCUAGAGAAGGUGAAAAGUUUGCAUUUGAGCCCCAAGUCUAUGCAGUGCCUGCACCAGACAAAAUAGCCUGGUACAAGGAUGGAGUCCUCAUCACGGACUUCUUAUACUACGAGAAAGUGGGCUUUAAUCUCAUCAUCAAGGAGGUGAAGCAGACAGAUGCUGGGGUCUUCACCGUCUCUCUGCGGAACCAGGAAAAGGGCCUUAACAGCAGCCUCAGCUACACGCUGGAGGUCAAUGUGAAGCCCAAGAUCUCUGAGGAGGAGGUAGCAGCCACAGGGCCUCAGACCUACAGAUACGGCCAGAGUCAGCAGCUCACCUGCACUGCUUCUGGUUACCCCAUGCCCAGCAUCAGAUGGCUGUGGCAACCAUGUGACCUGGACACCAAUCUCACAGAGUGCAGAUUUUACACCACUUAUCCAAACGAAAUCUCUUCCAACCAUACCCUUCCAUCUAAUGAAACUGAGAAAAUCUCCACUGCCACUAAAGUGAUAAAUGGCAUAAACAAGACAAUAAGCACCCUGUUGGUGACAGUUAAGGUGUCAGGAGUGUAUACCUGCUUAGCCAGAAACAGUGAGGGGAACCGGACCUUGAAGUGGUCUUUCUAUGUAGAUGAUCACCCCAAGCCUUUUGAUGUUGAGCCCUUGACAGCCAUUGAAGGAGAUGAUGUCACGCUGACAUGUCAUGGGACAAGAUUCCUCUAUGACAGGCUGAGCUGGUAUGAUCCGCAGAGUCAACCGGUGGCCACUGACACCUUUGAUCGGCAGAUCGGGCCGUAUUCUGUGUCCCUGUCACUCAGACUGAAGAACGUCUCCAGAAGCAGCACGACGGGCUAUACGUGCAGAGCACUAAACCUCCUCUCCAGCAAAGAGGUCAACACCACUGCCACCAUAAUCAUUGACGAGAGGAGAGCACCAUGGAUAAAGCAGAACCUGACUGACCAGAGCGUGAACAGCAGCAGCACACUGACCCUGGCCUGUUUCGUCCACGGUGUGCCAAGGCCCUUAAUCACAUGGUACAAAGACAAGGCCCCUGUCUAUGAAAGCCCAGGAGUUACAGUGAAAGAUGACGGGGUUCUGAUUAUCCAGAGGGUGAAGAAAGAAGACGAGGGCAUGUAUGAGUGUCAGGCCAUUAACUCAGAUGGUGUGGCAAGCUCCACUGCGGUCAUUACUGUAUUGGGCGAGGAGGGAAAGGCAAAUAUUGAGGUGAUAAUCCUAGUGUGCACCGGGGCGGCCGCCACCUUCCUGUGGAUCAUGCUGAUACUCUUCAUACGCAAACUCCGGAAGCCAAGUUCUGCUGAUUUAAAGACUGGGUACCUGUCCAUCAUCAUGGAUCCAGACCAGAUUCCCCUCGAUGAGCAGUGUGACCGCUUGCCUUAUGACAGCAACAAAUGGGAAUUCCCUAGAGACCGGCUGAGAUUGGGUAAAACUCUGGGUCAUGGUGCUUUCGGGAAGGUUGUGGAGGCUUCGGCCUUUGGCAUAGAUAAGUUCUCCACAUGCAAAACAGUUGCUGUUAAAAUGCUAAAGGGUGGAGCUACAAAUAAUGAAUGGAGAGCUCUUAUGUCUGAACUGAAGAUCCUGAUUCAUAUUGGCCAUCAUCUGAAUGUUGUUAAUCUACUGGGAGCCUGCACUAAGCAAGGAGGGCCACUGAUGAUAAUCGUGGAGUAUUGCAAGUAUGGCAACCUCUCGAACUACCUGAGGAGCAGGCGUGGGGACUUUGUGCUUUACAAAUCUCAGGAGGGCAAGCCGCUGCUCUUGGGCCCCGGCUGUGACCUCAGCGAACUCCUGAAGCGCAGGCUGGAGAGCGUGGCCAGCACAGGCAGCUCGGCCAGCUCGGGCUUUGUCGAGGACAAGAGUUACAGCGACUCGGAGGAAGAGGAAGAAGAGUCGGAGGACUUGUACAAGAGAAUACUCACUCUGGAGGACUUAAUUUGCUACAGCUUUCAAGUGGCCAAAGGCAUGGAAUUCUUGGCUUCCCGAAAAUGCAUUCAUCGUGAUUUGGCAGCACGGAAUAUCCUUUUGUCCGAAAACAACGUUGUGAAGAUAUGCGAUUUCGGACUUGCCAGAGAUGUGUACAAGGACCCAGACUAUGUCCGUAAAGGAGAUGCCAGACUCCCCCUGAAGUGGAUGGCACCAGAAGCCAUAUUCGACAAGAUCUACACCACGCAGAGUGACGUGUGGUCCUUUGGUGUGCUGAUGUGGGAGAUCUUCUCUCUUGGUGCCUCCCCUUACCCUGGCUUGCAGAUUGAUGAGGAAUUCUGCUGCCGACUGAAGGAAGGGAGCAGGAUGCAUGCCCCGGAGUAUGCAUCAUCUGAAAUAUAUCAGACCAUGCUGGACUGCUGGCAUGGAGAAGCAUUGCACAGACCCACUUUCACAGAGCUGGUGGAGAAACUGGGAGACCUGCUCCAGGCCAGUGUGCAGCAGGAGGGAAAGCAUUACAUCCCUGUCAACACUGCCUUGCUGACCGAAAUGGAUCCAUCAAACCCGGACCCCAUAGAGCAGACCUCCACGGGACCUUCCUCUCACCGAGACUCGGGCAACUCGUGGAACAUCAAGAUCCUUCCAGAUAGCAUGAAAACAUUUGACGAAAUAACCAUGAUGAAUGGAACAAAUGAGAUCCAUGAGGGCGGGCAGACAGACAGUGGUGUGGGCCUCUCUGCUGACGAUCUCAAGACGCUGAAGCAUUUGCAGUCCCUGACUCGGCCCUUAAGCCUCAUAGCCCUGGCGAUGAAGAGUAAGAGCAAGGAGUCAGUUCUCACAGAUGGGGAGAAGGAGAAGUAUCCCCCUGGGCUUUCUACACUAGACUUCGGUCUGGACGACUCCUCUCUGAACCCAGAGCUGGAGUGCCACAGUCCCCCACCAGACUACAACUAUGUUGUCCGUUACUCCACCCCGCCUGUAUGAGUUAGGCCAAACUCUACACCACCAGGACUCAGCGUCCUCAAGACUGUUCCCCCAACUGGUUAUAUUCUGUUUAGCUGUUCUUACUUUGUUUUUUAUUAUUUCAUUCCAUUCAUGUUUUCACAAGGCCAGGAAAAAAGAUGUCGAUUAGGUUAGUCAAUAUGAUCAUCGAAGGAAAAAAAAUGGUUCUGUUAGCUGACAUGUAUCUUGGCACUGUUCUGAGAAAGGUCCAAUGGUGUACAGUAAUACAAAUCACAGUGCUGCCAUGCUACAAAUUACCUCCCAAAAGCUGCUGAAUCACUCCACACCACUGUGAUCACUAAAGACACUACAGACCACCUCAGGUAUUUCUGUCACCUACUGUGAAUACAAGAAGCAUAACAUUACUAUAGAAUUACUAUAGAAUACAUUUACUAGCCACUUCAUUACAAAUAUGUCAUGUACCUGCACUCACUGACUAAUUGGUCAGGUGCACAUAUCUGCACGUGAGGCACAUUUUCAUAGGGGUGCAAUUACAGAUAGUGGGACACAGUGAUGGCAUGCACAAUUUGUCAGGAACCCUGUAAAAUGGUUGAACUUGUACAGGUUUAUGAAGUACAGCAGGGUGGCUUGGCUUAUUAAAUGUGUCGGUGUUACUGCUGCGGUUAAGAGUUGUCCACCACCCAAACAUAUCCAACCAACAGCCUGUAGUCCGAAAGUGACCAUAAAAGAAGGGUUAGAGGUUAGCUAACAGCUUCUUUAACAACUAAUGGAUUUACUACUGACUAUCCAUCUAAAAUUUGCUCUAAAAAAUGGUGUUUCUAAUAGGGUUGCAGAUGAUUGUAGAUUUCUUCAGUGAAGUCUUAAACUCUUAAUCCCGUUGGUGGCUAGUGUUUAAAUCAUUUUGUGUAGUAAGGAUAAAGUGAGAAAGGAGUUUCCUGAUCUUGAUUAUUUUAAUAAAUUGAAACUGGAAUUUUUUUUUCCCUUUUUGUUGCUUUUUUUGUACUAAAGUUUUCGUUUCUUGUACUAAAGUUUGAUCCCUGGCUUCAGGAAAAAGCAAAACAGCUCGAGUGCCAUUAAAUACACAAAAGUUUCGAUUUUGAAAUUUCUUUUGCUUUUUUUUCUGCCCGUUGACCAAGAAUUAAUCAUGUGUUCGGUAUGUCACAGGUUUUAUGAACAUUCUUUUUAGCAUUUCUAUGAUCAUUUUUACUAUGAAAAUUCACAAAGUGUUCUUCUUAUUGUGCUUCCCGAUUAACUGAAUUAACACUAUGCACUGCCCUGUAUGAAUCUUUGAUGUUUGAAGGGUUGGGGCCGAGUGGAAGGUCAUUAUGCCCUCACUUCUUCCAGUAUAGGGAACACCUUCCCAGUACACCUUCCAGACAUAUGGUGACAUGUGCAAAGUUCUGAGAAGGACACGUACACUGAAAAGCAAACGUACUUAAUUCUUAAAUGCUGGGCUAUCAUAACAACAGAUUUGCUUCUGUCCUGCCUCUUUCAUACAUGGUCACAGUCUGAAGACAAGCUUUUGGUCUGUUCACACUGUAUACAUAAAAUGUAUUAAAAGCUAUUCAUUUCCACCUUAUUAACUAAUUUUAUUUUAAUAGGAGUACUGUUGAUCCAUGUAUGAGCUAUAACAUUACUAAAGCUUGCAGGGCAGGCUGAAGGAAUACUAAGUACAUGUAAUAUCAACAGGUUGGUUACUACAUAUUAACGUUCCACAUAAAAUAUAAUAGACAUAUGUGUACAACUGUAGGUAAAGUCACAUUCCACAUAGUAACUGUUACAGGUGUAACUAUACUAAAUAAUUACAGUAUAAUCGAGUAAUACUGAGUAUUAAUGUAACAAGUUUGAUUAUCUGUACUCAUUCAAUACUUACUCUUUGUGCACUGAUGCUCUGUUUUCCAUUAAGUACAAAAUAUUAAUACAUUGUUAAACAUUGUUACUCAGUAUAUUACACUGUAAUUAAUGGUAUGACAAUUUUAUGUAGCUAAACAUGUCUGUCAAGCGAAGACUGCAGACAGCUAUGAGAAGGAGAAAGCCGUUACAUGCUUAUUUCUUAUGUACUUUUUGUAUUUGCCAGUAAUGUAUUUAGCAAUUGAUAGGCCACUUUCUAUAUAGUAUGUACUGCAAGAUAUUUGUACUAUUGUUGACUGAUUUGUGUCCAUUGAAAAAGUAAAAUCUAUGCACUGAGAUAUUCCAUGUAUUGUUUUUAAAUUACAAAUGUAUGUUAAUAAUAACCAAGCAUAAAUAAAGAGAUAUAUUUAUAAAUAACUGCUAA